GGCACUUCCACCCAACCUUACACGAAGGAGGAGGAGGAGAAAAUGGCCACCAUCCUGCAGGAGAGAAAGGAGAAGAAGUAGGCCAAGAAGAAGGCCUUGCAGGAGGAACAGGCGGCAAAGUUGAAGAAGAUAGAGGAGGAGAUGGCUAGAGAGAAAGAGAGGUUGAAGAAGGAAGAAGAGGAGAAGUUGGAGGUGGAAGAGGAAGAAGAAGAUGAACCGCCACUGCAAAGGAGGAGAGGGCAGCACAGUGGCAGCAAAGAUGAGGAGAUGGAAAAACGGAUUUCAGAGUGGGUCGCCAAGUUAUCCCGGGGCGAAGAAGAAGAGGUAACUAUGUACAUCCCCAAGGAUGAGCAGGAAGCCGCUAUGAAGGAGUGGGAAGCAGAAGGAGAUGUUUUGAAGCGGCAGGCGAUGGAAGACGAGAAGAGAAUGGAGUGGAAACUCGCAAUGAUGAGGGAGAAGAAGAAGAAGGUGGACGCAGCGAGUGAAGCAGUCAAAGAUUUAGAGGAGGUGCACGAUUGACCCCUCAGGUAGGCCUCCAACAAAAGGUGGAGAUCAUC